CUCUCAGUCAGCGUGUGCAGUCUUCCCACAUGAGACCGCCCACAUCAGAAAAUCUUCUUGUGAGCUUCUCUGAUGCUGCCGAUGUUCGCUGAUUUCCCUGAAUAUAGAAGCAUGAGAAGUCAUUUGCACAGACAUGGAUAAAUAUGAGAGACUGAAGAAAAUUGGGGAGGGAUCCUUUGGGAAAGCCAUCCUAGUCAAGUCAAGGACAGACGGUCGACAAUAUGUUAUCAAGGAGAUUGGCAUCUCCAGGAUGUCAAACAAAGAAAGGCAAGAAUCGCGUAAAGAGGUGGCAGUUCUGGCUAACAUGAGCCAUCCAAACAUUGUCCAGUACAAGGAAUCCUUUGAAGAGAGUGGUUGUUUGUACAUAGUAAUGGACUACUGUGAGGGAGGAGACCUAUUUAAGAAGAUCAAUAAUCAGAGAGGGACACUAUUCCCUGAGGAACAGAUUCUUGACUGGCUUGUGCAGAUCUGCCUGGCUCUGAAACAUGUACAUGACCGCAAAAUCCUACACAGGGACAUCAAAUCACAGAAUAUUUUUCUGACCAAAGAUGGUACCAUUCAGCUGGGUGACUUUGGAAUAGCUAGAGUUUUGAACAGCACCGUGGAGUUGGCGAGGACAUGCAUUGGCACACCUUACUACCUGUCGCCAGAGAUAUGUGAAAAUAAACCAUACAACAACAAGAGUGAUAUCUGGGCCCUGGGAUGUGUCCUAUAUGAAAUGUGCACACUUAAGCAUGCAUUUGAGGCCGGAAACAUGAAGAAUCUGGUGUUAAAAAUCAUCCGUGGUUCGUUCCCACCUGUUUCCGUGCAUUACUCCCAAGACUUGCGCUCUCUCCUGGCCCAGCUGUUCAAGCGCAACCCCCGGGAGAGACCCUCCGUCUCAGCCAUUUUGGACAAACCUUUUCUUGCUCGCAGGAUUCAAAAGUUUCUUAGCCCUCAGAUUAUUGCUCAGGAAUUCAGCCACUCACUUCACCUUCAUCAGCCUAAAAUGAGUGUAGCCCAGGGAGUGCCAGCCAAACGCCCUGCCCCAGGCCCCAUCCCCAUCUCCCCAGCUCAGAAAAUCACAAAGCCAGCAGCCAAAUAUGGAGUGCCUUUAACAGUCCGAAGACCAUCUGACGCCAUCAGAAAGGUCCCGGAUGCGGCAAAGAAACCAGUCAAACUCAAGCAGGCUCCCCCUCCUGCAGCAGCUCAGAGGAGAGUGAGUCGAGUGGAGGAGGAGAGGAGGAAGCAUGAGGAAGGAGUGAGGAAGAAACGGGUGGAGAUGAUGGAAAGGGAAAGAAAGCAAAGAGAACAGAUGUUGUUACUGAAGGCUGCUCAGAUGAAGAGAUUUGAGAGGGAAAAGCUGAAUCGGAUAAACCGGGCUCGGGAGCAGGGCUGGAGACAUGUGCUCAGUUCCAGUGGAGGCAGCAGUCCUGAGCGGAAGUUUUAUGGAGGUGGUGGCAUUGGAGCUCCACAUUCCCCUGGAAUAGGCCCAUCCCCUGUGCCUGGCCCCACCCCUGCUCCUGCUCCUCUUCCUGCUUUAGCUCCAAGCAGAGCACCAUAUGACCAUGUCCACACAGCAGCUGAAAAACCAUCCAAACCUCCACCUAAAGAUGGUGCUGGGGAAGGAGCCAAGUCUUCAGGGGACAAUGCCAGCACUGCUAUAGACUCAGGGUCGCUGAAUGGUCAUGCCUGCAUCCCUCUUAAGGAUGUUGUCAGGAAAGAACCACGUAAAGCAAGUCUCCAAAACGAGCAGAUUUCAAAGAACGACUAUGCCCAUAGAUUUCGAGGUCAGCUGGUUGCAGAGAGGGCUAAGCAAGUGGAAGAGUUUCUACAGCGGAAACGAGAAGCCAUGCUGAAUAAAGUCCGUGCAGAAGGACAGCUGGGGGCCCGGCAAAACCUGGCCGCCAUCUUUGCAAGCUGGACAAACUCCUCCCGAUGCAGGAGACCCCAAGUCAACAAAGAGGAGGAGGAGUACUUGGCGAGAUUGCGACAGAUCCGACUACAGAACUUUAAUGAACGCCAGCAGAUCAAAGCUCGUCUCAGAGGAGAGAAGUAUGACAGUGACGGCUCAGACAGUCAGGAGUCAUGUGAAGAGGCAGUACUCAGGAGGAAGAAGAUCGAGGCGUUAAAGGCCCAGUCAAAGGCUCGUGCUGCUGUAAUUAAAGAACAGCUGGAAAAGAAGAGAAGAGAAGCAUAUGAGAGAGAGAAGAAAGCAUGGGAGGAUCAUCAGCUUGUUGCACGAGGGGUGAAGGUUGCUGUUGGAGCUGUGGGCGGAGCUCCACCUCCUGCAGCCCCUGCCACUCAGCCAUCUGACUCCACCCCUCAGGAAGAUGCUUCCAAAGCCACACCCUCCUCUAGACCCAUCUCUCCAGCCAUCUCCAUGACUGCUGCUCUGAAGGAUGUGGGCGCGAUUUCAUCAGGACAGAGUUCUCCUAUGAAAGAGGACUCCCUUAAAGCAGAAACAUCAGGUGUACAGAGUGACAAAAAGGAGAUUCUUCACAGACUUAAUCAGAAGAUCCAGACCACUGACGAAGAUGCAGUGAAAGAUGCCACACCUUGCAACAUUGCACCAUGCCCAACUCCUCAACAGAUCCAGCCUUCCAUCACAGAAGAAAGAUCUCCUGCAGCUGGUGAUAGGAGGAAAUGGGAAGCUGUAGCUCCACCCAUAUUGUCUGUAGCCGAACAAACUCUGGAGGAGACCUGUGGAACUCUGGCAGUGUCUCAGGUGGCAUCUCCAGAGACGACUGCCCCCUCUGGAGGAGACAGGAAGAAGUGGCAGACUGAGGGUGCCCCUCUUCUGUCUGUGGCUCAGCAGACUCUGGAAGAAACUAGCUUUACAACAGCAGGUCAGCUAACAGAAAAAACAGCAGGUGAAGUCAUUUGCAUGGAGGAGGGGCUAAGGAAGGCUUGGGGGCGGAGUCCAGACUCAGAGGUUUUGAAGGUGUUGGAAGAGGCAGAGCUCCAGCCCUUUACCCAGAAACUAGAUCCCGCCAGCACCUGUGACCACACACUGACAGAAAGCCUUAAUCUGAUUGAAGAGCCUUUAGAUGUCACUCAUGAAGCCAAAGAAGUGCCUCUUCCUCAGCCAUGCCAGCCUGCCAUUGGCCUUGCCAAACAAGAAGUGACAUGUCAGGAGACGGUGCCAAUCACAGCAGAGGUUAAAAGUCAGGAACUAAUCCUACAAACAACAGAAGAGAUUCAAAAGACUCCACGUGGAGAUAGUGAGACAGAGGUGGUGGAUGAUAUGGAGUCCGUAGUUCUAGAUGAAGCCUCUCAGCAAACCUCAAAGCCACCCCCAGCAGAUGUAAUGCAAGCGUGGACAAAUGACACUCCAGUGUCUCCGCCAGCAGAUGGCAGAGUAAUACAAGCAGAGUGCACAGAGAUGACGCAAAGAGAAGAAAAACACCCUGAACCUGCAGUAGAUGAGUCUUUGUUUGUGAAGCUAAGCAGUAGUCCUGCUCACAAACGAGCAGUAGCAUUGGUCAUCCUGUCUGCUCAGUCCUCACUGGAAGACUCUUCCUCUGUCGCAUCACGUUCCCGCUCUGUCUCUCCACUGCGUUCCCAAAGGCAUGGCGACGCACUUCUUAUUGGCCUCUCUACUGGCCUCUUUGACACAAACAACCCAAAGAUGCUGAGGAAGGCAGCUGGUCUUAAUGGGUUGGCUAGUGGUGUUGUUGACAAAUGCAGUCCAGAGGAGGAGUGUUUUAAUGGAAUGGCUGAGGAAGAUGAUGUUAGCCAUGGUGAAGAAAAGCCAGGAGGGCCAGUUACUAAUGGAAUGGAGGUUGAGGAGGAUGAAGAGCAGAACAGUAGUGAAGGCCAGCUCAAUGAGGAGUGGCAGUCUGAUGACAGUGAGAAAGAGGACGAGGAAGACCUAGAGCAACAGGACAGUAUCUUCAGUCGUCUUGAGGAGCUGCGUUUCCAUCUAGAGCAGGACAUGGGCUUUGAGAACUUCAUUCUAGCCUACAACAAGAUCAAGGCUAUUCAUGAGGAUGAAGAUGAGAACAUUGCAAUGGGCUCCAGCAUGGUGCAAAGCAUUUUGGGAACCAAGCACCAACACUUGUAUCCUAAAAUCCUCCAUUUGGUGAUGGCAGAUGGAGCUUACCAGGAAGAUAAUGAUGAAUAGAAGUUAUUCAUCCAUGCUGUUGGCAGCCUUGGACAAUCUGCUGGCAGGCUGAAGUGUUCCCAUGAUGCACUCUGACAGGCUGAGGAGGUGCAUGUCGGGGAAGGGGGGUUUCAGAGAGUGGGGGUAAAAAGGGAAAUGGUCCACUCAAGCAUGGGCAGUUUAGAGUCCACGGUUGACUGUAGUUUUACUUCCAUAUCCCAAGUCACUGAAGCACUACUUUGUAAAUUUUGUGCAUAUAAAUGUGCUGUUGAUAAUAAUAUUUAACCAAAGCAUAGCUGAGUGUUAGCAGGUGAGAAGAAGUCUCCAACAGAGAUGUACAUGUGUGUCCUCUUAGCUGAUGACAGACUGUAUGUGAAAUGCUGCUUGUGCUCUAUUCACAACAGCUGAAGCCAUGAAAACUGCUUUUUAAAGCUCUAGACUGGCCAGGGAGGUCUAGAUUUAGGGGUCAGAGGUCAAUUAUCUGCCCAAUAUCAGGUGCUCGCACACAACAGGCAGCGGGUUCUAACCAGCUGUCUACCUCAGAAAACAGAUUAGUCUAAACGUCUCGUCUACAAAAAAUUUUCUAGACCUCUUUUUCUACUUUUUAGACAUUGUUUACAUAACAUGCUCAAAUUAUUUAGCCUUAGCCUUAGCUUUCAAGAUUUCUUACUGGUAAAUCUUAAAGCAUUAUUUCUAUGCAGAUGAAGUGCUUAUCGGGGGUUUUAACAUGAUAGUUCACCCAAAAUUAAUAUUCUGUCAUCAUUUACUCCCCCUCGUGUUUUUUUGUUUAUGAAAUGAAUCACAAGGACCCCAUUGACUUUCAUUGUAAAGAAAAAGUCAUACCGGUUUGGAACUGCAAAAAAAAAAAAGUAAGUGAGUAAAUGAUGAUAGAAUUUUCAUUCUUGGUGACCCGUCACUAUAAGAGCAUUUAUAAAUGCUGUGCACAUGCUUUAUCCAUGUUGUAUUCAGCUGCACCUCCAGUGGGUUGUAUUAAAUGACUUCUUUUUGAAUGACGUUUUAGUUGCAAAAUAUGGCUUGAAAGUGUACAGAAAGUCGCUAAAUAAUUUGCAAGCAUUACUGUUUGUUUGCAUGUCAGAAUAUGUAUAUCUUUGUACUGAGAAAUAAACGUCUUUUUUUCUUCCCUUUUUU